ACUACUAGAAUGAACUUCUAGGUGUACCUGAGUGCACCCAGAUAUCAUUUUAUCCUUGUUUAAUAUUCGGUAAACAACAAAGAUAAAAUAAUGUCUGGGUGCAUUCGGACGUUCAUUCUGAACGCAACCCAGCAUACAAGCGCUGCGCGAUCAAAGCGAAAAUGGUGGUCGACAUGGAGCUGCAGGAAGUUAAGGAUGCCGUCUUUCAGUUGAUAAAGGAGAAAGACAAGAUUGAAUCUGAUCUACGAGCCCUGAAGGAGAUCCUGGAUUCUAAUCAUAUUGGCAUGGACGAGCCAUUGGUGGACUCAGAGGGAUACCCCCGGCAGGACAUCGAUGUUUAUCAAGUGAGACACACGAGGCAUCAAAUAAUAUGUCUUACCAAUGAUCACAAAGACUUGAUGAAGAAGAUUGAAGAGGGAUUGCACAGAGUCCAUGCUCUAGCAGGAGCAAAUAAAACAGAACAAUCGAUCUCUGAUGUAUCCGACAUGCAAGAGAUGGAAGCGCUGGAGCCUUUUCUCAGGGUUAAUUUAGUUUCAGCUGGUUCGCCAGCAGAAACUGCGGGUAUCCAAGUCGAAGAUCUAAUAUUGGAAUUUGGAUCUAUUCAUUGCAGAAAUUUCAAAUCUUUAACAGACAUUGGAAAGCUAGUGGAAAACAGCAGAUACAAAACAGUCCAUGUAAAAAUCAAACGUGGAUCGAAUAUUAUGGUUUUGUCGUUAAUCCCUCGUCCCUGGGUUGGCAAGGGCCUUUUGGGUUGCAAUGUGUUACCUGUAGAAGUAGUUGAGAGAUAAAAUUAUAUUGGAAAGCAUGUAACUAUUUUUUGAGCCAGAAACUAUUUUUAUGUGUAUCAUAUUUAACAAUAAAUGUAUCUUUGUAAGUUA